AUGCUCCUCGGCACCGGUUUCCGAGUCACCAGACACCUUUUAAUAUUCUCAAACCUAUGCAAUGAUUCCUUAUUUUACCUCCUUACAUUUUCCAGUGAAAUCGCCGGCGGCGGAUCACUGUUGAUCACCGCCUACUACGCCUUUGAGCGGAUGGUAGCUAUGCACUACGUUGACACCUAUGAACGCCAGUUUAAAACUAAUAAUUUAGGGUUAUCUUUUAUUUUCGCAUCAGUUACGGGUAUUUUAGCAAAUCAUGGAUUAUGCUACCUUGAUGUACUCCCCGGAUCUUACGGCUUUCUCUUUAUGUAUGCAACUUAUGUAAUUGGGGUCGUGCUUUCGUUUUUCGUGCGACUAUAUUUUGUAUGUAAAAGAAAAUAUCAAAUGGUGCUGAAGACUCGUUAUGUGACGGUGGAGAAGCGCUAUCAAACAAUGUCGAACUACAAAACCUCAAUAUUAUUCCUCUAUUUAUCCCCCUACAAAUGCGUUACAAGUUCGUUCGUGGUUAUUUGGUAUAAUGUGAUGAUCGAUGGGGCACCACCGGAAGGACAGUAUAUUAAUGCCUUUUUCUUGUUUUUUAUUUUUCAAGCGCAGAUAUUUGUACAAAUGUGGUUGACAUUGCUUGCCGAGCCGACAUUACGCUCUGUUGUUAAAAGUUUUCUGAAGAGGAGUGGUACUCGAGUGACACCGGUGCGGAAUUCUUUUGGGGAGAGGAUGAGCUUUCCGAUUGAGCAGGAGAACGAGAUAUAUUUUCGGCAAUUGCGUGAUGCUUGGCAA